GCAAUGGCGCACACUAGUGAAUAAGCGUGAAAGUCAUGACGAUUCACGUGAAUUCGUUGAAUUUUUUGGGUAGCAUUGAUGACAUUGCUUUUUUCUUUUGGGGUUACAUAGCGUAUGCUAUUUACAUCAUUGUAUAAGCUCAGUAGUUGUCAGUUGUAAUGAUACACUGGUAAUUGUCAAUGCAAUAAGGGCUGAUUAUACAUGAUCAAGGCUUUGAGAUGAGCUGUCAGAAAAGUUCUCCAGGUCCCCCGGGGGACAUUACACCCUUCCAGCAGAUGAUGGCGUCCUGCUCCGGGGCAAUUAUUACAUCACUCUUGGUAACACCUCUGGAUGUGGUGAAAAUCCGACUGCAGGCCCAAAAGAAUCCUUUCCCCAAAGGAAAAUGUUUUGUGUACUGUAACGGCCUGAUGGAUCAUAUAUGCGUCUGCGAGAAUGGCAACACAAAGGUCUGGUACAAAGCACCCGGACAUUUCAGCAGCACAUUGGACGCCUUUAUUAAGAUUAUACGUAUGGAAGGAAUCAGGUCUCUAUGGAGCGGCCUUCCUCCAACGCUAAUAAUGGCAGUGCCUGCGACGGUGAUUUAUUUCACAUGUUACGAUCAGCUGUUUGCUCUUCUCAAGCUCAGGAUGGGCGACCGAUCGGAUCUGGCACCGCUGUUUGCUGGCGCUAUUGCGAGAGUGGGCUCGGCCACAGUGAUCAGCCCCCUGGAGCUCAUCCGCACCAAGAUGCAGUCUGAGAAACAGUCGUACAGAGAGAUGAACGCUGUCAUCCGGUCAGCACUAAAAAACGAGGGUUGGAGGUCUCUGUGGAGGGGCUGGGGGCCUACGCUGCUCCGGGACGUCCCGUUCUCAGCUAUGUACUGGUUUAACUAUGAGAAGGGCAAAUGGUGGCUCUGUAAACACUACAGCUGUAGCGAACCGACUGUUGCCAUCACAUUCACAGCUGGAGCUCUGUCUGGAUCAAUUGCGUCGAUCAUCACACUGCCGUUUGAUGUGGUCAAAACAAAACGACAAGUGGAAAUGGGUGAACUGCAAACCAUGAAGUUGUCUACGCAAGUGUCAUCCAGCACAUACAGUGUGAUGAAAAGGAUAGUGGCUGAAAAUGGACUAUCAGGACUCUUUGCAGGUUUCAUGCCGAGGCUGAUUAAAGUGGCUCCUGCUUGUGCUAUAAUGAUCAGCACAUAUGAAUUUGGGAAAGCUUUUUUCCACAAACACAACCAUCAGAAAGAGAGUCAAGUAACUGCACCCCAGCACAUCAUAUCUCACACAGAAAAGCACUAACACUUGAUCACGAACACGCCGAUAAGUUACUACACAACACUGCAUUUUUUCCAUCAUGUGUUAUAUGUUGCUGCCUAUCUAAAAGCUGAGAUUAUAGAUUUGCUUUGAAUAAAACAACGUAGUUUCUCUUGUAAAUUUAUAAAUAGAGGCACGUUCCUCUCAGAUCAGUCAGAUGACAAUUUAAUAUUUGUAUUUUGAUAUUUAUUUAUUGAUUAAAUGAGCUGAAGAAACUUAAAUCCUAUGAUAUGAACAGAUAUUAAGACGCCAAACGUAUUCCCAUCAGUUCCAUCGCGUUCCCUGUGAUUGAUUUUGUUUGGUGUUUUAAUUUGUCGUUUAAGCAUCUUAGUAUUGUUUCAGUCAUGUCUUUUGUAGGUGCGUGUUAAAUGAAACCAAUGCCAACGUGUGUGUCUGAAUGGUGCCAAAACAACUGAAGCCGUUGUGUGUGAAGGCCAGGUUGAAUAAUAAGACUAUUGUAAUUGUUCUGUAUGCUGUUGAUUUUUCAUUGUUUAUUAGUGUCUGAAGAUUAAUCUGAAGCUUUUUUAAAGAUAAUUCCACUGUGAUUAAUUCUGUUAGAUUUGUUCAAAUUGAUUCAAUAAUGAAUUCUUUUAAACCUC